AUGAUUCACUUUGGCUUACAGCAAGUUAUUCAGCCUGAGACUCGGCUCUUUACUGUGAAGAUGGGUGGACAACUCCCUCCUGGAAUCACUGUUUCCUGCAACACCAGCACUUCUGGUCAUUCUACCUUCCUCCUCACUGGCUUCCCAGGUCUGGGAGCUUCUCAUCAUUGGGUUUCCAUCCCCAUCAACCUCAUCUGUGUGGUUUCCAUCCUGGGUAACAGUAUCAUCCUCUUCCUGAUCUGCACAGAUCCAGCCUUACACGAACCCAUGUGCCUCUUCCUGUCCAUGCUGGCAGCCUCUGACCUGGGCCUCUGGGCCUCCACCUUCCCCACCAUGGUGCAGCUCUGGCUGGGUGCUGGUGAGCUGCCCUUCAAUCUUUGUGCGGCACAGAUGUUCUUCAUCCACGCCUUCACCUAUGUGGAAAUUGGUGUGCUGCUGGCCAUGGCCUUUGAUCGCUUUGUUGCCAUCCGGGACCCUCUGAACUAUGCCUCAGUUCUGACCCACUCAGCCAUGGCUGAAGUGGGGCCUGCCAUCCUGGAGAGGGCCGUCCUGCUCAAUCUCCCAGGACCCAUCCUCCUGCGGUGUCUGCUCUUUCCCCAGAUCAGUGCACUCUCACUGUUACUGCCUGCACGUGACCUUGUGGGUUUGGCCUGCUCAGAAACUCAGGUCAACAGCCUGGUUGGCCUGGUCUCCAUCCUCCUCUCUUUGGGCUUUGACUCUUCCCUCAUCAUACUCUUCUAUGCCCUGAUCCUACAGACCGUGCUGAGCAUUGCAUCACCUGGGAAACAACUAAAGGCACUCAACACGUGCUCACACCUCUGCAUUGUUCUCAUCUUUUACUUGCCCAAACUGGGGCUGUCUGUGUUGCGCCAAGUAGAGAAGCACAGCUACCCUGCUCUGGCAGUGCUUAUGGCCAACCUGCACUUCUUGGUUCUGCUCAUGAACCCCAUUGUCUACUGCAUCAAGUCUAAGCAGAUCUGUCAGGGCCUCCUAAAGCACUUUCAGCAGAAAAGGGUUGAUGUCUCAUAG